AUGGGUGUUCCAGCUCAUACAAUGCCAUUUCAAAUGCCUGUAACACCAAAAAACCAAGAUCAGAUUGAAAUCAUACCAUUUUGGCAUACAUGCUUGUCUCAUUAUGUCAGCAAAUGUCUUUUAUUAAGCAUUUAUUCAUUUGGUGGUCUUGUUGGUGGGUCAAUAAUUCAUACGAUACUUGUCUGUAGCCUUAAUCGAUGUCGUUCAUAUAAAGAACGCUAUCAAAUUGUAGAACAUAUAAUAGCAAGAGUGAAUCAAGAUUAUGCACAAUUUAUUUGUCCAUUUCUUGGUAAUACACAAUGGCUCAUUCGACUAUUUCGAGCAUACGGCGCUCAUAUUGGUGAGAAUACUAUAAUGCCUGAUAUAUUUUCUAUUACCGAUUAUCAUUUGAUGACUAUUGGAGAUAAUGUCCGAGUUAAUAUGCGUACACAGAUACAGGGUCACAGUUUCGAACAACGUAUUUUAAAAUUAGCUCCUGUAUCCAUCGGCAAUUCAUGUGUACUGAUGAGUAGCUCAAUUGUAAUGUCAGGUUGUAAACUAUUGGGUAACAAUCGUCUUUAUCCCGGGACAUUGAUAAUGAAAAAUGAUCAAUUACCACUGAAUACUCACUGGAAAGGAGUUCCUGCAGAAUCUUGCACAGUAAAAGCAAGAUUAUCUCGGCCGACAAUAGUCCCUGACGAGCUAGUAAAAUAUCAACAAGGAUACGAGACCAUUAACAAAUUAUUUCUCUCGUAUGAACGAAUUGCAAGCAUCUAUAUGAAUGUAAACGAAUUACAAUUUAUGAAUUAUGGUUAUGCAGAUAUGGAUGAAUAUAUCGAUGAUCAUACUGGUUAUUAUUCAAGAAAGCUUUAUGAACAAGUUCUUGCAAAUGUGACAUUAACAGAUAAGGAUGUCCUUGAAAUCAAUUGUGGUAGAGGUGCUGGUGCUGCAUGGUCUGCUCAUACUCAUGUACCUCACUCUUACAUAGGAAUAAAUCGUUCUCAAGAUGUCAUUAACUUAUGUCAACGACUUUAUUCGACAAUUCCUCGUCUUUCCUUCGUAGUAGCUAAUGCAACAAAACAUUUACCAUUUGAAAAUGAGUCAAUUGAUAUAAUUCUUUGCAUUGAAGCAAUACAUGUUUUUAGCCAAACAAUAGCAAUCACAGUUUGCCAAAAUGUUCUUCAUGCACUUGAUAUUCAAAAUAAAUGUUGUACUGAUUUCAUUCAACGUUAUAUUCAACCUGAAGAACAAGAAUAUUUUCGUUUAUUUUCCAGAUUACCUGGUACUCAAAUUUAUGAGGAUAUGAGCCAAGGACGUUCACAUUAUUGGCGAGUUGUAUUUCGAAAGAAGACAGCAACAGAUAUAUCUGUCAUCUGA